AUGAGAAACAUUGAGGCUCUGGUCAAGAAAGCGGAGGAGACAUGUAUCAGUGAUGCCGUCACAGGGUCCCCACCCCCUCCUCUCAGUGACGCCGUCACAGGGACCCCUCCCCCUCCUCUCAGUGACGCCGUCACAGGGUCCCCACCCCCUCCUCUCAGUGACGCCGUCACAGGGACCCCACCCCCUCCUCUCAGUGACGCCGUCACAGGGUCCCCACCCCCUCCUCUCAGUGACGCCGUCACAGGGUCCCCACCCCCUCCUCUCAGUGACACCGUCACAGGUGACGCCGUCACAGGGUCCCCACCCCCUCCUCUCAGUGACGCCGUCACAGGGACCCCUCCCCCUCCUCUCAGUGACGCCGUCACAGGGACCCCACCCCCUCCUCUCAGUGACGCCGUCACAGGGUCCCCACCCCCUCCUCUCAGUGACGCCGUCACAGGGUCCCCACCCCCUCCUCUCAGUGACGCCGUCACAGGGUCCCCACCCCCUCCUCUCAGUGACGCCGUCACAGGGUCCCCACCUCCUCCUCUCAGUGACGCCGUCACAGGGUCCCCACCUCCUCCUCUCAGUGAUACCGUCACAGGAAUCAAAGAUGGCAGCCCGCCCCAGCAUCCCCCGCGGCCAGACGACGUCAGCUGGGCGGGGCCACUGCAACCCCCGACGUCAGCUGGGCGGGGCCACUGCAAACCCCGACGUCAGCUGGGCGGGGCCACAGGAGACCUGGCGUCAGCUGGGCGGGGCCACAGGAGACCAAACGUCAGCUGGGCGGGGCCACGGGGAAACCGGACGUCAGCUAGGCGGGGCCACGGGGAAACCGGACGUCAGCUGGGCGGGGCCACGGGGAACUUGACGUCGGCUGGUGUCGCCGGAAGUGACGACGUGAGGCUGCGACAACAGGCGGACGGGAGUAGCCCAGCUGCCAAGCUGUGCACCAUCAUUAUGGCAGGAGCUGCACUCCUUCAUGGAUACACGAGGCUCACUGUGUCUCCAGCUCUUCCUCAGGCUCAGAGGAUAUUCCUCCAUCUGCUCCGAGCGACUGCCCGUCUCUGGGAGCCAAUCCGACUGGCCUCCUCCCUGGCAGCUGGGACCGUCGGCUGCAGCUCUGGAAAGCCUGGCUGGCAGUCUCACUGCGGGCUGCACACUUCCAGCAGCCAGGCCAACAACAAAUACAACUGGUUAGACAGGAGCAAGUACACAGUGCGGCCCAUCGGAGUCAGAAAGACUGGGGGCCGCGACCACACCGGGAAGAUCAAAGUGCAUGGGAUUGGCGGGGGUCACAAGCAGAGAUAUCGAAUGAUUGAUUUUCAGCGGCUCCGCUACCAGCCCGGCCAGCUGGAACUGCCCUUCGAGGAGAAGGUGGUGGAGGUUCGAUACGAUCCGUGCAGGUCCGCUGACAUCGCCCUGAUCGCUGGGGGCAGCCGGAAACGGUGGAUCAUUGCCACCGAAAACAUGGAGCCGGGCGACAUCCUCAAAACAUCAGGACAGAUCGGCCGUAUGGCAGUGUCUGCCAAUGAGGGAGAUGCCUAUCCACUUGGAGCCCUUCCUGUGGGAACGCUGGUCAAUAGUUUGGAGUUGUAUCCAGGGAAAGGAGCCCUGUACAUCCGAGCUGCAGGUACCUGUGGUGUGUUGCUUCGGAAGGUGAAUGGCACAGCGAUCGUUCAACUCCCGUCCAAGCGCCAGGUUCAGGUUCUCGAAUCGUGUGUAGCGACUGUCGGCCGUGUGUCCAAUAUUGACCAUAACAAGCGAGUGAUUGGUAAAGCUGGUCGUAAUCGCUGGCUGGGGAUCCGGCCAUCGAGUGGCCUCUGGCAGAGGAAGGGUGGCUGGGCUGGUCGGAAGAUUCGGCCGCUGCCUCCCAUGAAGAGUUAUGUAAAUCUACCGUCACCAGGGACAGUGAGCUGAGUUACCUGUUCGAGGGCAGAUCCUGUACAUUAAAGAUCUUACUGAGACUA